AUGGGAUUCUUCUACGAAGGAUACUACGACUGGAUCCUGGCUGGUCGCUACGGCCAUGAGAUCCGACGAAUGCACGAAGAAUACGGCCCGAUAGUGAGGAUCAAUCCCGAAGAGCUGCACUGCGACGACCCCAGGUUCGUCGACGAGAUCUACGCCAUGGGCAACAGGAAGCGCGACAAGUGGCAGCACUUCCUGAACACAGGCGCCACGGGCCCCAUCCUCCUCGGCGGAUUCUCAACCGUGUCGCACGAGCUGCACCGGACACGGAGGCUGCCUAUGAAUAAGUUCUUCUCCCGCGGCCAGAUGCUGAAGCUCGAAGGCGAGGUCCACGACUUCACGCAGCGAACAUGCGACAAGCUGCUCCGCACACGGGGCGUGUUCGAUAUCAAGGAGGCUUUCAACUGCUACACGGCUGAUAUCAUCUCGCAAUAUUCGUUUGGCGAGCCGAUGGGCUUCGUAGACCAGGACGGAUGGCUGCCGAACUUUGGCAGCUGGGCAAAGAGCUUUUUCAACAGCGCUUACAUGAUGCGCCACUUGGCGCCUGCGAGGGCUGCGGUUGCUGUUGCGCCGUAUUUUGCGAAUUACAUGGGUGAGGAUAUGAAGAACCUGAUGUACCAGUUGCAGGUGGUCAUACCUGGGCACAUUCAGAAGGCCAUCGACAACAAGGAGAAUGGGAGGAUUUUCGCCGACCUGAUGGCCAACGACCAAUUACCAGAGCAAGAGAAGUCUAUAGAUCGCCUCUCUGGAGAAGGAUUCAAUCUCUUGCUUGCUGGUACAGAGACAACUGCUGCAUCCCUCGCUUGCAUAACCUACUACCUCCUCUCCCAACCUGAAACCCUGGCCCGCCUGCAAGACUCCCUAAAAGGCGCUGACCCGCUAAACCUCAAGUGGACAGACCUCGAACAGCGGCCAUACCUCUGGGCCGUGAUCCACGAGACCCUCCGCCUGAUGCCCGGAAUCGCACACCGAUCCUCCCGGAUCGCGCGCGACGAGGACUUGGUCUACAAGAGUGAGGACGGCAAGACCGUCUGGGUUAUACCGCGCGGCACACCCUUAAGCAUGACCUCCAUCAUCCAGCACACGAAUGAGAGCUUGUUCCCGGACCCCAAGGAGUUCAUCCCGGAGCGGUUCCUGCUAGAGGACGGGCGGCAGAAUUAUGCGCUUGAAAAGCAUCUCAUCUCGUUUGGAAAGGGGAGUCGGGCUUGUCUUGGCAAGGACCUGGCAUAUUGCGAGCUCUACCUCCUCACGGCCGCUUUGGUCCUGCGAGUCCUGCCACGGGCGCGGUUGGUGGACACGACCAUCGAGGACAUCGAGUACGACCACGACGCGAUCGUGCCUCAGCCAAAGAAUGGCUCGGUCAAGGUUCAGGUCGAGAUCUAUUAG